AGCUUGGUAAGUCUGACGCUAUGAGGAGCCAGGGAAAGAGACCGGUAGGAGCAGGCUGUGUAGGGCGAACUGUGGAUACCUCGGGUCCCCAAGCUUCAAGUCGGCGAGAUCCGGCUGCUUCAUGCUUAUCUGAGAAGACACACUUCAAAGGAUGGUGAUGGCUUUUGAGCAGACACUCAAAAAGGAUUGGUACAGCAUUUUGGGGGCAGACCCAUCUGCAAAUGUGUCAGACCUAAAACAAAAGUAUCAGAAACUCGUAUUACUGUAUCAUCCAGAUAAACAAAGUACAGAUGUGCCAGCAGGAACCAUGGAGGAAUGUAUGCAGAAGUUCAUUGAAAUUGAUCAAGCAUGGAAAAUUCUAGGGAAUGAAGAAACCAAAAAAAUGUAUGACCUUCAGCGGCAUGAAGCUGAACUAAGAAGUAUGGGGCCAGUAGAUGCACAGGUGUACCUUGAAGAAAUGUCCUGGAACAAAGAUGAUGAGUCUUUCUCUCUGACCUGCCGAUGUGGUGGAAAAUACACUGUCUCCAAGGAUGAAGUAGAAGAAGUGAACCUGGUUUCCUGUGAUACGUGCUCCCUGAUUGUAGAACUCCUUCAUCAGUGAUGAACUGUGCAUUCCUGGGAUCUUUUAACUACAGUCAGCAUGGUCCAGAGGCCACUCGGUUUCAAGGAGACAAGACACUUCCUUACUAGCUGUAUAAUUUGCAGACAUAAUAUAAGAUCUUCAAGCAAACACCACUUCAGAUUAACAAAUUCAGGAUAUCAUGAAAAGGACUUGGAUUGUUAUUUCUGGAUUUUCAUCUAACAACUUUUGUUUUCUCCUUGGUACAAGUAGUUCUUUUCUUUCUUUCUUUUUCUUUUUUUUUUUUUUCAGGGUUUCUCUGUGUAGUUAUGGAGCCUAUCCUGGCACUCGCUCUGUAGACCAGGCUGGCUUUGAGCUCAUAGAGAUCCACCUGCCUCUGCCUCUCUAGUGCUAGGAUUAAAGUGCCACUGAUGCCCAGCUCGGCACAAGUAUUUCUUAUUUUUAUAUAGUUUAUAGUUUAUUCUUUAUAGUUACCAAGAGUUUUGUUUUAAUCUUUAGUGUGGUGGGGCAUAGGACAAUAACUGAGACUAUGAGGAGAUGAUUUUUCUUUCUUCCCCCUUGUGGGUCCCAGGGGUCAAAUUUGGGUCCUCAGUCUUGUGUAAGUGCCUUUACCUGAUGAACCAUCAUGCUGUCCCUAAUUAUGAAAUUGUUGAUGUAAAAGAUGACUUUUUUAGUUACUGAAGUUAUAUGCCUAUUGUAUACCUGUUUCAAAUUUGCAGGCAUUUAAAUAAGAUUAGGAUUUUUUGUGAGCAAAGUGUGAACCUGGUUGUGUCCUAAACAAGGCUGGAUAUGGAUGGCUACAGAUUUAUUUCCAAGCUGCUCAAGAGCUUGUAGGAAAUGUGACUCUAGUCCUGACCUUGGAUGUCUGAAGCUUGUUAGCAGCUUAACUUCAGAUGUAACUUGAAAUUCAGAUUUUACUUUUCAUUUAAUUGCCUCCAUUUAAGACUAAGAAGCCAUUCCUUUUAUUAUAGUGUAGUGAAGGUGCUCAUAUAAUGAAUGAUUACUGACUACAAAAGACGGUACAAAUCAUACCCUACGUGACCUCUUUGUAUGUAACAUUUUGUUUACAUUGUAGGUCAGAAUUCAUUUUACAAACACCCAGGGGCCCUAUGGAGCACCUCUGAUUUGUGUCUAACUGUUGGUAUUGUCAGAAGAGCAUAGACUAGAAAUGCUUAGUUCCAGCCUUUUGUAAGGACAGACAGCUAACAUCUGAGGCACACUUGAGAACAGACUGCAUUCAUUAUACAGGCACCACCAAAAUUCAAAUGUGACAUAGUCAUCGAGAUUUCUCCUCCAAGAUAUUUUUAUAUAAUAAAAUUUAGAAGGAAAUCAUGUUUGGUAUUGUUAUCCAAAUACUUUUAAUUAAUGUAUAUUGCAGAAUGUGAUGUUUACACUUACAUUUAAAUAGAAACAAAACUGAGUAGCAAAUAGUUUAUUGGUAAGUUCAUGGUUUCAACCGCAGUAAUAAAUUCAUAUGAAUAGAAGACAAUAAUCAAGUCAAAAAGGUAAAUGCUUGCUAAUCAUCAGAAAAUCUGUCGCCGUUUGGGCUGUCACGAAGAAAUCCAAAAUCACUGAAAGGCCAAAUCUGUAAAAUAAAAAUACAGUUGAUGGCAAUUAAUGAAAAUUCUUUAUCAUCAUGACGUUCUCUUUUACUGUUCUCUCUGCUAGAUAAUGCAGUGCAUUCUCUUUAUCAGUUAUUCUGAAAAUAAACUUGUGUAUGUAGCCUGGGACAUUCAAUUACAAUACCAGAAAACAUGUUUGUUUAGUAUAUCAACAUAUAUUUGUGAAGACCUGUCUCCUUUUACCAUCCUAAAAUAAGUUACAUACCAAUCUAUGGUGCUUGAUACUAAGUUGCUUAAAUAUGGCAUCUGUCUAAGUAUAAAGAAUUCUGAACAUGC